CAGCAGAGUUGUAUCCUGUCCUAUCUUGUAGUGUCUGAUCUCCUCAAUUAACUUCCUGUUGUAAGUCAAGAAUGUCUGAUCUGCUUGUAAUAGGUAGAGUGAUUGGAGAUGUUGUAGAUUCUUUCUCCCCAACAGUUAAAAUGUCUGUCACGUACAACUCGAACAAGCAUGUGUACAAUGGUCUUGAGCUCUUUCCUUCUGCCGUUACCUCUAAACCUAGGGCUGAGGUCCUUGAAGGUGAUAUGAGAUCAUUCUUUACACUGAUUAUGACAGACCCUGAUGUUCCUGGUCCUAGCGAUCCAUACCUUAGGGAACAUUUGCACUGGAUAGUUACAAAUAUUCCAGGCACAACAGAUUCCUCAUUUGGAAAAGAAGUGGUGAGCUAUGAACUGCCAAGGCCAAACAUAGGGAUCCACAGGUUUGUUUUUCUGCUCUUCAAGCAGAAAAAACGGCAGGCAGUGAACCCACCUCUUUCAAGGGAUCGAUUCAGCAGCAGACAAUUUGCAGAAGAAAAUGAACUGGGCCUUCCUGUGGCUGCCGUGUUCUUCAAUUGCCAGAGGGAAACUGCUGCUCGAAGGCGCUGAAAAUUAGUCAUCUGUGCAUCUACUACUUGUUUUUUUUUAACUUUUAUGCUGCAAAUGUGUAAUAAUAUUUAUCUUGGAACUGUGGAAUGUAUUUUCAGGAGCAAGCCAAC